UCAAAAAUAUUUUAUUCGUUAUUUAAUCUAGUCAAAAACUAUACUACCUCUGAAAAAACUGAAAUGAAAUUUUUUGUCCAAAUUAUUGCUGCUUGUAUCCUGGCUUCAUCUGUUAAAAGUUUUGGUCCUCGAAUUAAAGGACGAGAUGAUAAACUAGAAAUAAACAGAUUACGUGAUGCAACUCAAUUGUAUUCACUUUGCAUUAAAGAUGAAAAAAUUCCUUCAGAUAUCUCAAGUUUUUGCUUCUGUGCCUGUUGGUUUCGUAGUGAUAAAGCUGGUUGUUUGUUGGAAUGUGAAAAAAGUUUUAGAAAACUUUCUCUUCAAUAAUUUUAUUAAAUGAAUUAAUUUAAACUGAUAAGUGUUUACAUAUUUAUGAAUAAUUAAUGAUAAAUAAUCUUCA